GCUCUGAGUUCCGAGAACAGGUCUUGCUGAUAUUGCUAGACAAGCUUGUCAGAUCUGAAUGAUUCACGCCUCACAGACGUGCGAUGCGCUUACCAGUGGUAGUGAUAGUUUCACUACUGAAUUCGCGUGUUCUCCCGACAUAAGGAUAGGCUCUGCCUGUUGCAAGCACCUUGCGACCCCCAAUCGACAAAGAUCAAGGGGACAUGUGGCCACGUGAUUUAAGAAUACCGUGACGAGAGUUUUGGAUCAUUAUAAUGUAUGGGUGUGAGAGGCAUCCGCUGAGCUUAAUAUUCCUUACGUCCAAGCGGCUGCCAAACCUCUGUAUUGUUUCGUUGACUGGUAGGGAGAUGAUGAAGCCAGGCACCCUUUGGAGGAUUGAUAAAGGCCAAAAGGAGGCGCGAUUCUUGCCUCCAUAAGCAUGAUGUGUCCAGGUGUUAAAGCAGCGGCAGACGCGUCCUUUCCGGGAAGAUGUAACUAAAUUCUGACGUAAUCGACUUCAUCUAGACAGCUUCAUGAAACACUAAUUUACCGGCCCUCGAAAUCUCAGCUUGUGAUAUCUUGCGACAAUCAGAUUUUCGAAUGCUGUUCGCCAUAUAACACUCUUGUCGCUUCUUCUGUCAUCUUCACUCGUUCGUCAUGCUGGUUUCUCUGACCGUUGGGAAGGUCGAUGCUGGCGUUGCUGUCCUCCUGACCCAAGACAACCGACUCAUCGAGUUUCCUUCUGUCCUUCUACCGAAAAAUAUAGCAUCAGGCAGCAUCGUUGAUAUUACAGUAUCGCGCAACCAGGCCGCUGAAGCUGCAAGUGUUUCCGCCUUUCAAUCCCUCCAAAAGCGUAUCCUACACACCUAUGGCAUCCAUACGCCGUCUCCACCGGUUCUCCGCCUCAGAAAUGCGACACAAACGUCCCUUGUCCUAGAAUGGGAUCCAAUAAAUUUAGCCACCGCGUCCCUCAAGUCGCUAUCCUUAUACCGCAAUGACUCCAAGGCUGGUUCAAUUCCAAGGCCAAAAGAGAUGCUUAGCACCAAAAUCAGCGGCCUUGCAAUUGACACAGAUUAUACUUUCCAUCUCGUUCUCCGUACUUCCGCCGGCACUUUUAGCUCAGAGAAACUAGUCUGCCGUACACAUAAGAUGACCGACUUGUCAGGAAUAACUAUUACACCGGGCGUUCUACCCCAGAGUUUAAGGACGUCGCUCGAAGAGGCUGUGGAUCGAAUUGGUGCCAAACUCAUUGACACUGUGCGGAUAGAUACUACGCAUUUUGUCUGCACGGAGGGUAGUGGUGCUGCUUGGGAAAAAGCAGUUGAGAUGAAUAUUCCUGUCGUCCGACCAGAGUGGGUAGAAGGAUGUGAGCGGGAGGGUACAAUUGUUAGUGUCCGCGGGUACUACUUGAACGCAGAUCCAAAGUUGAGGCAAAUGGCUCCAGGUGUGGGUGCGCAACUGCAUCGCCAGCAAGCUAUGUUAAACAACGCCUCCGGGUCCGUUUCAUCCGGACGAUUAGGCCGCACAAAUUCAACUUCCCGAUCGCCACAGCAGCCAGCCGACAAGGAGCUCCCUCCCAUGCCGCCCCCUAGUAGUGAAGCGAAUGGACCAUCUCAGGGACAAGAAUCGGAGACUGAGGAUGAAAAUGGUUACGGAACCCAGUCUUCACCGCCGCCGCCGGCUAAAGACGGAAAAGAGAAUGCCCAACCCAGCCAAGAGGACGCGGAAUCGCCUGUCGACGGAAAAUAUCCACCUCCUGCACAUGGCGACACGGAGGCCGACUAUGAAAGUGAUACAGCAGGUUCCUCAAAUCAGGAAUUAGCAGAUAAAACAAACUCUCAAUCGCAACGAAAAUCGGAUACCUCAAUCGGGGCCUCGGGUGACAAAGCAACGAACGGGGCGGCGGGAGAAGGUGAACUGGAUGAGGUUCCUCUCUGAGAUUUCAAGGAGAAGUGCAUAAAACAAGUUUGCCUUCUAGACUUUAUUUUAUUUCAUUUAUCUGUUUCCCCCCCCCCCCCUGUUGCCGUCGAGAGGAGUGUGUUAUUCAAGGAUAUGAGCUGUGAGCUCUAUCUUUCUUAAAUUCGCCCGCUGUUAUUACUAGGCCAUUACCCUUAAUUCUUUUUGAGCAGUAGUAACUGCUGGCAUCUUACUUGUUUUAUCAUUUGUUCUCCUUGAAAGUCAUCUGUCUUUCCUUACAUGUUAUUGCUGCUUGUUUCUCCCUAUAUAAUUCUCAGAAUUAGCCUCCAUGCAAUCUUGUUUAUGUUAAUUUUAUGAUUAUUACACAGCUAUAUCCAUUGUUUAAUAUUUACCAAUGUGUACUUACCCACGUGUCAUAUCCAUCCCUAAUUCAUGUGCUCAGUUGUAUGAUCCAUAUAUUUUCAAGAGUAUCGGUUAUGCCAGGUCACUAACACAUAUUCAAGUCUUUUGCCAUCGUUUUGACAUAAAGCAAUAUAAAUUAUGACAUAUAUUGAGCA